AUGUCAUUCCUGCCCCCGAGCAAGCGCAUCAAACUCGACAAGCCUUACCUCAACGGGGAAGACUACAUUAAGCAAAAACCCUACACCGAGCGCAAAGAAGUCCCCUUGCUAGAUUCGAUCGAUCCCGCCCUUCUCAUUAAGAGCCCCAGUACCGGUGUCGGUGGCCUUGCUCCUCCUUACACCGACUCUAGCCGCGCCAUUGAAGCCUGGGAUCUUCACUUGGACUCCAGCGAUAUUGGUGACACUGGAGACACCACUGACAACUACUCUGAUACUGGCUCCGAUGAUGGCUCCAUUGAUCUCGCUGCAUUAAAUAUCGACAACUCCCGUAAUACCGCCAGCCCCAGCUCCAGCACCUGCUCCAGCAUCAGCACCAUCUUCAACCCUCUCUCACCCGGUAAUCUGAAGGUAAACUUCUAUGACGAGGAGACCAUUCCUGAGAGGCUUUGGCUUGCCAUAUUCAUUCAGAAUACAGAGGGCGUUGAAGAACUAAUUGAAGAAGGAGCAACUGCAAUGACAAAUACCGGAUUCGGUGGCUAUGCCAUCGACAUGGCAGUCAGGCUGGAGGAUGCGGAUAUCAUGAUGAAAGUUCUGUUGGAUAUCGGCAUGCGUGACUAUCUAGCUGCGGACGAGACUGCGAAGAUCAUCGUAUUCGGGCACACCUGCAAGCACGGGACCCCGGAGAUGCUGGAAACUCUGAGCGAUUGGGGCCCCUGGUUCAGCUGGAAAGCGUAUUGGUACUGGUGUCUGCGUCUGUCCGAUCAGACCAAGAAAGGUGCGAACGGGAAUAAGGUCUGGGAGCUCAAGGAGGCGUACAUGGAGCGCGAGAAGAAUAAAAAGCCCCUCAUGUACAGAAACGACGUGCUUGAUACCUGGGACGAAGCCCAGGAGCUGCCACCAAUACCCCAGGUUAUGCGCCUCCAUUGCAACGCCAACCCCGACCAUAACAUCGGUGACCUCUACCAUAUCGAGCUCUUGGACCCGGUGAAGUGCAUCAAUCCGGCGAGCCACGCUCCUGUUGAGAGCAAUCGUCGCCGUACGGGACCUUGGGACAUCUUUUAG